AUGAAGAUUCCUUUUGAGAUGUAAGCAUUAAGUAAUAUCAUAAAGGAAAAAAUUUAAACCAAUUGCUGAACAUACUAUCAGAAUUGUAGAAUUAUAAAAUUAGCAUGUUUCUAUUAAGUAAAAUUUCCAUCAUAUCUAGUUCAUAAAUAAUUUGUUCCAAAUAUUUAUGGUUAUCAUUCAAACUAUAAUUUAAGAUAAUUUUUUUAGAUUAUGAAAAAUAAGUAAAUCUAAAAUAAUUAUCUAAGAAUUUCUUCAUAGUUUUAUAAUAGGGCAUCAUUUUGGAUCUAAGUUUGUUGAACUCAGGGUUUUUUUUUAAAAUAUAGAGACUUAUAUUUUUUAGAUAAUUCAGUUUGGCCAUGGAGAAAUGAUUUAGAAAACGGAGACUUUGAAAGAACAUAUCUAAAAUGCUUUUAGGAGUCUAAACCACUUCAACAUUUUAAAUUAAAUAUUUGAAGGAAUUGAAAAUAUUGUUACUAAUGAUAUAAUAUUUUAUUAGUAGGGAAACAUUAUUAAUGGAUAAAAUGAACGCUUAGCUCUAUAAGAGUAUAUCAUAAUUUAUAAUUUAGAAAAUUUAAUUCAUUUUAAGAUUUUAGAUUUAUAUAGAAUUAAGUAAUGAUUUAGACUUAAAUGUUUGGUAUCACAUUUCAUUGGAUUUCGUUUGUUACAACAAAAAUUAUAAUAAAAACAAAAUUUAUUUUAAUGGAUUCAAGAAAUCUAGUUUUUUAUUUUCUUUGGAAUUAAUAAUAGAUCAAAGAGUUUUAGCAAUAAAAUUAAUUAAACAAAUCAAAAAGAGGAUAGUAACCAUUAAAACUUUUUUUUUAUGAUGUAUAAGGGUGAAAGAUUUACAAUAAUUGAUUAUUCUUUUAAUUUUCUUGAAUCAAAGGGCAAUCCAAAUUGGAAGCAUAGGCGAAUAAUAAAAAAAUUGAAGUUUUCUUAAUACCUUUAAUUGAGAUUGUUGGAAUUUCUUACGAUGAGCACAAUAAUCUAUAAUUUUAAUAAGAUUAUUUUUUAGUUAUGAGAUUUGAGCUCUAUUAAAAAUUGGAUAUAUGGUCACAUUAACAUCAUAUAACUGUUCUAGAAUACAAGGAAUGUACAAAAUUAAUAACUUAAUUAAAUAAAAUACUAUUUCAAAAAUAUUUGGAAUUAAAAAGUGCUGCUUUGGAGUAUUAAACAAAAAGAAGAUUGCAAAAUCAAUAAAAGUUAUCAUUUCUACUUAGAAUAUUAAACUAUUUAUAUUAAGUUUAUUAAUCUAUGUGA